AUGUCAAAAGAACAAUUUUUAAGAAAUAAACCUCAUGUAAAUAUAGGUACUAUUGGACAUGUAGACCAUGGUAAAACCACUUUAACUUCUGCUAUAACAUCAGUUCUUAAGUUAAAGGGAUGCACAGAAAAAUCUUAUUCUUACGAAGAUAUAGAUUCUACAAAAGAAGAAAAAAAAAGAGGUAUAACUAUUAAUACUACACAUGUUGAAUAUGAAAGUGAUUUAAGACAUUACGCUCAUAUUGAUUGUCCUGGACACGCUGAUUACAUAAAAAAUAUGAUAAUAGGUGCAGUUCAAAUGGACGGUGCUAUAUUAGUAAUAUCGUUAGAAGAUGGUCCUAUGCCUCAAACAAUAGAACAUUUAUUAUUAGCUAAACAAAUAGGUAUAAAAAAAUUAGUAGUAUUUUUAAAUAAGGAAGAUAAGGUUGAUGAUGAAGAAAUUAUAUUUUUUAUAAAAGAAGAAACAAAAAGCAUGUUAGAUAAAUAUGGAUUCGAUUCAACAUUAACACCUUUAAUAACUGGAUCCGCCUUAAAAGCCUUAGAAGAAAUUAAACUUUUAAAGGAAAUAGAUUUAAAUAAUAAAUGGAUAUCAAAAGUAAUAAAUUUAAUUGACACUGUAGAUAGUUAUAUUGAAAAACCUGAAAGAAAUUUAAACAAACCAUUUUUAAUGCCUAUAGAAGAUAGUUUUUAUAUAACUGGACGUGGAACAGUUGUUACUGGUAGAAUAGAAAAUGGUAUAGUAAAAUUAAAUGAUAAAGUGGAACUUUAUGGAUAUGAUAAAUCUAAACUUACUUCUGUUAUAGGUAUAGAAAUGUUUAAUAAGGGACUGUCUCAAGGUGAAUCUGGUGAUAAUGUUGGGUUACUUUUACGUGGUAUAAUUAAAGAAGACGUUAAAAGAGGUCAUGUUGUAGCUAAACCUAAAUCUUUAAAAUUUUAUUCUGAAUUUAAAGCAACAUUAUAUAUAUUAACUUCAAAAGAAGGUGGUAGAACUAAUCCAUUUAAAAUUGGAUAUAAACCACAAUUUUUUAUAAGAACUUUAGAUAUAACAGGUGAAAUAAAAAAAUUAUACUCAACAACAAAUGAAAAUAAUACUUUAGAAUUAGCCAUACCAGGUGACAAUAUAAAUGCCAACAUAUCUUUAUCAAAAUCAAUAGUACUUGAAAAAGAAUUAAGAUUCUCUGUGAGAGAAGGUGGUAAAACUAUUGGUCAUGGUAUUAUAAUAGAUUUAAUAAAAUAA